CCGGAAUUCCAGCGGCUUCACUCGGGAUAACUGAACGUGGCGUCGUUGGCUGCCCUGGGGUGAGAAAAGCACGGCUGUUGCUCGGUUUGUUCAGUGUGGGAGACUGCUGUGCGAUAACAGUGUUUGUGGCGUCUUUGAACUGAAAAAAACAGGACUUUAUAGACACUAGCUCUCCCCGCUUCGUAACACAUAAGACGAUGAAUGGUAAGUCAACGAACGGCACGCUGGGGGGAAUGGCCUGCAUCGAGGGUCUGCCGCCGCUGCCGAAGAGCCUGAGCGGGUUGCUGAACUCAAGCGGUGGCUCCUGGAGAGAAAUGGAGAGGAUGUACGUGAAGAAAACCAUGAUCCAGGACGACCUGAGCCGAGGCAGGAACAAUGCCGAUAACCUGCUGGCCAACAAGCCGGCCAACCUCGAUGCAGCUCUGGCUCUGCUGCGAAAAGAGAUGGUGGGUUUGCGUCAGCAGGACAUGUCCCUGCUGUGCCAACUGUGGUCGCUCCACGAGUCCAUCCAGGAGUACAAGGGAAGCUGCCAGGACCUGAGCGCAGCCUCCAGCCUCAGCAUGAUGGAGAAUGGCUACUUUGACGAGGAUGACGAGUAUUACCCGGAGCCUGGUUCCACUCCCACCGGGGAACAGCCGGAUGGAGACAUUGGAGACGGGAUGGCAACAAUGGGGGCAGCCAAGAAUGGGAGCGGCAGUGGCAAAGAGGACAGCUGGGACUCCUUUCGCGUUAACAUCUGAGGCCUUGUUGUCAGCAUUUUUCUCAGUGUGGAUGCAUAUUUUUGGGUUGACAGACUGGAUUAGUCUGGAGGAGAAACCUUUUUGGCCUCCAGGGAGGGAGUGGCUGGUGAGAGACAACAGACUAUGGCGUCUCAUGGAACUGUAAAGCUCCAGCUACCUUAAACACCUCCUCAGGUCAAACAUCCACCUGCUUGUGUUGCAGAACGUUGUUUUUGCAGCGUGACCAGGAGCUUCAUCAAACUGCAGAUCUGAGCGAUCAGAUAUUUUGAGAAGUUACUCUCUUAACAACCUCUGAAACACUCAGGGGUUGGGAUCAAUUGUAUCCAGCGACUCGAUAUAGUCAAAAUUCGGCAAUAUAUAUACACAUACACACUUUUUUUGUAAACAGCUUUAUUGCUGCUUCUAUGUCAGUUUGUUUUGUUAGACAGUCAAUUUCUUUUUGGCUGAACUUUUUUUUUUUUUAAAUUUACAUAUACAAAAAUAUAUGAACAAAGUUUUAUUAUUUAUUAUAUAAUAUAAAUAACAAAAUAUUUGCUUUCCCAUUUACUCUCUAUCGACGUUUUCUACUGCACCGCUCCUCAGCAUUUACAGGUUGGAAAGAAUCCCAGAAAUCCAGAGCUUUGCAAUCAGCAUUGGUGCAAAAAAAAAUGACUGACUCUGUGGACAUAUUAAUGGAGACAAUGUGUGUGUUUCUUCUAAGUGGUGAAAUCAUUAAUUUACAUAAACCCUUGGGGUCCAACCAGAAGUGGUCAGACUUCAGGAAUGAAGAAAGAGAUGAGGUCCUCAUAUCCAGUGAGUUUGUGUGCAGGUAUGAGGUCUUCACCUCACCUGGCACCUUUAGGUGGAGCAGAUAUCUGCUCAGGAAAUGUGAAAUCUUCAGAAUGCUGGAAACCGUUUUAAUUGUUUGCAGAGGUGAAAAACCCCAAGCCCAGUGUGCUGUGUUGCAGAUAUAGUGCUUCAGCACUUUACAGGCAUAUCAAACAUGUCUCUGUUCUCAGACUUUGUAGUGUUCAGGACACAUCUGCCUGAAUCUAACUCUCUGCUUUAGUAUUAGCUAUCUUUAAGAUACAUUUACUUAAAGAUCAAAACAGAACUCAGUUUAUUUCUGGAUCUUGGUUUUAUUGUAUUUAUCAAUUUAAGUGGGAGUCUAUAUCUUCCAGAUACACCCCACCCCCAUCAUCAAGGGUUGGCUGGUUCAAACACUGAACAUUCGGAUAUUAGUUUCUUGAGGGCAGUAUUAACAUGAAUAGAAAUGCAAAGACUACUUAAGUUGAAACAAGAAUUAUUCUUCAAAAGAUUAGAAUAAUAGAAUUAUUCUAUUAUGGAUGAUAAUAAGCAUUAAAAGAAAUUAUGACGCCACAUUCACAUAACCAGCUUUGUGAACUGCGAGGCUUCAUUAAAUAAAUAAAUAUGGCCAAGACUUGAGCUGUGAUCUGGUAGCUGGAACAUUUGUCAUCAUGAAAAAAAUCUACACAUUUUCUCAGUUUUUCAUGGUGCAGUUUGUUUUUAGACACAUUCUUUUUAAAUGGGACCUAUUGUGCUGUAUCAACUCCAUGCUAGCUUUGCAUGAUUCACAGUUUAGAGUAAUCUUUCUUUGUCUUAUAUUGGGCUGUGGUGCAACUCCCCUGUUCAUCUUUUUUUUUUUUUUUUUUUUAAAAAAGCAAGUUUUAUUGCCUCUCUUCUGAUUGGCUGCCCCUCACAGACAGAAGGUUUGAACAGCAACCAGAGCUGCAUGUCUGACAUGACCGCAUUGUCAUCAUAAAGAUCCAAGAGUUAAAAAAAAAAAAGCAAAGCCUUGCCCUUCAUGGGGAUUUCUUACUGACCUCCUUUUUUAUUUAUUUAUUUUGUUCCUUUUGGAUACAUUUUUGCAUAAUAGGUCCCUUUUAACUUUCUCUGGUCCCUGCGGCCUUCAAUAUCACCCACAGUGUAAAUAAACAUCUGUAGCUCUAAACCUAGUAGCAACUAUCAAAUGAAAACCCGGUGCUUUAUACUCUUAUGCAUCGAGAUCUUAACCAAUCUCAUUUUAGCGUCAUGUGCUCUGUUGAGUGUGACAGAUGCCCGUGCAGAGUUAAGCUUAUUUUUAAGUCAUUUUUGAGGAAUAUAAAUGGCAUUAUAUCAGCAUUUGGUCAUCUUUGCAUACGUUAUAGGGGCUCUUUAACGAUCUCUGCUUCCAUUACAAUAUGACGGUGGUCAUUAAUAAGAUUGUAACAAAAAAAAGUGCUUUUGUUUUUGCUUUGGUUGGUUUUUUUAAUCAGAAGAACUCGCCUUCAUUGCCUCAUCUAUAAUAAAAAAAACUAAGUUAAAAUUCCUUCAAUCUAAAAUCUAAACAAAAUCUAAAAUCUUGACUGUUUAAGACUUUUGGAUGUGAAAAUCCUCUUACUAAACACAUGAAUGGUCUACUCAGGCUUCCUAAGUAUCUAAACUCUGCAGCAAAGGUCUCAGCUCAGCCUGUAGCAUACUGUAGCCACAGACACAGUACAGCAGCUGUGCUGUCAAUCAUAAAUUGAGUUUCUGAACUCACCAUCACUUUGAGAAGAUGUAGAGCAGGGGUCCCAAUCCCAGUCCACGAGGGCCGGUGUCCCUGCAGGUUUUAGAUGUGUCCUUGAUCCAUCACAGCUGAUUUAAAUGGCUAAAUUACCUCCUCAACAUGUCUUGAAGUUCUCCAGAGGCCUGGUAAUGAACUAAUCAUGUGAUUCAGGUGUGUUGACCCAGGGUGAGAUCUAAAACCUGCAGGGACACCGGCCCUCGUGGAUUGAGAUUGGGGACCCCUGAAUUAGAGGGUUCAUCUUUGCACAAAUGUGCUCAUAUUUCGUCACAUGUCUGUACCUCGGUCCGCUAUUUGAACACAAACCAAAGACAGUACGCCACUCAGCAUUGUAUUUGGUUGAAGUUGCUGAUGUAGGCGGGAUCUGGCUAUGUUGAACUUAAAACUUAAAAUCUGGUGUCUUGACAAAUGUCUUUAGGAGUUUUUUGGAGCUGAUGAAUGAAGGACAUUUGGUUCGCUUUUUGAACAGUUGGCCGCCUUCUUCCCCACUCAAAAACCAGUGGGUUUUUUCAGUUGACUGAAUUAAAAUGUCACCGACCAGUGAAAGUCUAGAGGAUUCAUUUAUGACAAGUAUCUGACGAGUCAGAUGUGUCGCAAUAACGUGGAUAUGAAACCAUUUUUCCACAAGCGCAGUAACCCUUGAUCUUCUAACUUCUCUCUAAAAUCUGUCGACAUCAAUAGUCUGACAUUUUGGGAAAAUGUUUGUCACAUACUUCAUCUGUUAAACAUAAGGUCAAACCAGCACAAUCACCAGAUGGGGAAGUAGCUAGCAUUACUAUGUCUUACUGCCUUCAUUUCCCAGACAUGGAUUAAGCUAAGAUAGACCAUAAACUUUUUCCACUGAAGGUCUUCCUUGGAUUUAGUCUGGGAGGAGGUUUAAUCCAUGUUGGAGAGUAACAAAAUCCACUGGCAAGCACUUUUAAAGUUGCCACUUUGACAUAGUUUUGCUGUUAUCCAUAUAAUAAGAAACACAUGAAGACGGGUUUAGGAAAAGAGAAUCCCCAAAAUGUCAAACGGUUCUUUUACAACUCUGAUGAUGUCUUAACCUCCGAACACCCAAGCUCUUGCUUGAGAUUUUAAUUUCUUCAGGCUAUUUCAGAUUAUUGGGACCGGGUGAGUAAAGUAAUUUUAAACAUUACCAUCACAUGGGGACACCAAGUGAACAAUGGUUGAUUGUUUAUUGAGCAGGAUGAAGUUUGGGGUGCAGAAAAGCUAAACUCUGUUUUGCCUCUUCCAUAUGUACCUACUCACUUUUAUUCUGAACCUUUCCAUAAUGCAUCUGCAACUUUCUGACUAGUCUUAUUAUUUAACAGAAUCCAUUGACUUUGGUUCCAGUGUUCUGAUAAGUUGGAAUGAUUGUUCUGUUUCUCUCUGUUGCUUUUUAUGAUCCACAUUUAGUGAAACUUAACUUUGUCUGUGAAGUACACCUGUAUGCGACUGCUGCCAACAUUUCUAGUCGGAUUACACAUUUAGGGUCAGGUGAAGCACCUGUUUUACUACUGCAGUCUACUGCUAAUCUGAAGCCGAAAGCACGUUUGAUUAAACAGUUUUAAACCGCUGACGUUUAAGACACGAGUCACAUCUUGAUCCCAGGUUUUCUAUUGGAUGUCUACACAAUUAGUGCCUUUUAUAAGAUGUUCAAGAUGGGAAUGAACAUAUACCAUAAGUCAUUUGAAUUGCUUGGCCUGUAUUUUGGUUUUUAAAGCUGCUACAUGUGGAAUUUGAAACAUAAUGACUUUAGCAAUCGCUCAAAACUCAUUCUGAAGCUGCGCCAGAAAUAAAUUAAUGUCAUGCUGACAAUGUCGCUCUCCUCCAACUCCAAAGAGUCCCUAAUUUGGAUCAGCUUUUUUCACACUCUGUUGUUAAUUAUACUCUUCUCUGUCAAAAGAUUGUUUGGAAUUUUAUUGGCAGGGAUGCAGCUGUUGGGAACGGUGUACUGCUGACACCCUCUGAAAUUUGAGUUGCUUUAGCUAAAGUAAGACAUCUCUCUUCCUGUUUUGGUUGAUGCUUUGAAGAAAUUGUCCGCCUCAAAAUAAAAGGACCCUAACGUAUGGCGGUUAUUUCUUCAAAAUACAACUUUAAAGUACACGUAGCAGUUUUACCUUCAAUAACUUGUAUCAGCCUUAAAGUCAGCCGAGGCAUUUGCAAACCGAACUAGGUGGUGCACUCCUCACUUGUUCUUCAAGUCUGUUUUUUGCACUUGUUUGUGCCUGUUGCUGUGUUAAAUACCCCAAACUACGACUACCUGACCCUCUGAGUUUGUCACUACUACACAGGUGCGUGGUGCUCUUUGUACGCUUACACUAUUGUAGCUUAACCCAGCACAAGAGAGCUAAGAAGAAGCUUUAAAUUGAACACCAGCAAGUUGUACUUAAUAUUGUACCGUUGCCACGUGUGUUGCCUGUUCUGUACACUAAAAUAUGCCCCUUUUUCACAUGAUUAUUGGAUGUGUAACAUGGAGAUUUCAUCUCAGGGUAAACUUUAAAAAAAAAAAAAAAAAAGUUGUUUUUUUGGGUGGUUUUGACUCUUGACAAAAUAGCAUACUUCCCUUAAACAAUGGCUCUCAAACUAAAGGUAAACAAUGCUAUGUCACACCCACUUACAGUGAGUCAUAAUUAUGAUUCAAUGGUUUGGUGAAGUCUCAUAAUCAAAGGGCAAACUUUGCACCAACUUCGAACAAUCAGGAGGCGAAGAUGCCAAGUGCAAAACAACCACAAAAGCUUGACAUAGUUUGACUUAAGUGCGGAUUACUGCUGCAAUCACAGUCACGCCUGAGCGUUCACACCCAUGCUGUAGUGGUUGUGAAAAGCGUUUUGGAAACCCUAGUGAGGGUUGUGGCACUUGAAUGGAGAAUAACUUGAACAUUACUUCCAACGAGGAAAAAAAAAAUAUAGCUGAAGGUGUGUAAUGUGUGUGCACCUUUUCUGCAGCUGACCAAAUCUGACCUGUGUCCAAACCUGGGUUUGAAAACGUGAUUGAGCCAAGACAGUUCAUUAUUUUACAAGUGACAUGUUUAUCAGUAGGCUUGAGUAUGCAGAUGUAACCUAUUGAGGAAAUCACAGAAGUAAAUGCAAUUUCAUUCGUGUUUGUACUUUAUAUCUCUUAUCGUAAUCGUUCGUUAACUUGCUUUAGUGAAAGGAAGGAUUUUAUGUAUUGUUUUUUUGAAUAAGUAACAUUCGGAGAACAUGUGAAGGCUGUGUUGCCGCCAUCGAUCAUUCCUCCUGUUCUCUUAUCCAUGAAUGACCAUACUGCUGUUUGUUUGGACAGUACUCUCAUCAUAGUUAUUAUACUGUUAUGAAUUUAAUAAAGCGGUUCUGUACUUUU